ACAGGGAAGAAUGAAGUCAUUGAAGUCUCAAAUUAAUUUAGAUCUAGUAACGUAAGUGACAGUGAAAAUUAAGUGAAAAAAUAUCCACUUAAUUUUGAGAUCAACGUUAUCUCCGACACGUUUUUAGAGGAACGAUGCCAUCAACUGUGAAUAAUAUCUCGAUAAGUUACGAUGCCAUCAACGAGAGCAACACCUUCACGAGCGGAGAUUUCAUUACGGGGACAAUCAUUCUGGAGCUUGCAAACAACACUGAGAUUAAAUCGCUCUCAGUUAAAGCUAAGGGAAAGACGGUCGUACGCUGGACCGAGUAUCGUAACAAAACUAUCGUGAUUCACCAUGCAAAAGAAAAGCACUUCUCAAUUCUACAACACAUUCUGCAGAAACAGAGUGGAGAUAAUAAUGUAAUUGUUGAGGGAACCCACGUGUACCCAUUCACGUUCCAGAUUCCACAUGGAGAUAUGCCAUCAUCAUUUAUUGCCUUUCAUGGGAAGGUCAUCUACACACUCAAGGCCAAAUUGAGGCAGUCAAUGGGAUUGCCUAGCAAGGCCAAGACUACCUUCAACUUUCUUUCAAAGCCUGAUAUGAGUAUUCCUCAACUAAUGUCACCCCAGUAUGGCACAAAGAGUAAGAAGAUGAUGCUGUUCACCUCUGGGAAUGCUUCCAUCAACAUUAGUACUGAAAGAAUGGGUUACAGGCAAGGUGAAGGGUUAAAGGUCAUAGCAGAAAUUGAAAACAGUUCAUCACGCGCACUUGCACCCAAGUAUGCUAUAUACCAAAAGCAGAGCUUCUUUGCCAGAGGGGAGAAAAGAGUUAGCACCAUGGAAAUCCUAAAGGAGGUAGGAGAGCCCAUCCCUCCCUCCACAAAUCAGAAGAUAACCAAAGUGCUGAACAUCCCUCCUGACCUGCCAAUCUCCAUCCUAAAGUGCCCAAUCCUCAAAGUGGAGUACAAGCUGAAGGUCUACCUGGACGUUCCCUAUGCCACAGACCCGGAGAUCAAAGUUCCAUUGGUUAUUCUGCCUGCUCAUGGAUUCAGUCAGGUGGUCUAGCCAGGCACAUCUGCAGGUUCAACAAUAUGGCAAUUCUAAUCAACCAGGAAGGAAUAACUAUCCACCCCAACCUGUCCCUGGGCUGUAUGCACCCCAGUUUUCCCCUGGGGUGUAUCCAUCCCAAAAUGCCUUUGGCACACAACCACCCAAGGCUCCAACUGGAAUAUGAUCCAUCCUUCACUGAUGUAGAGAGA